AUGCCACCCAAGGGCAACAAGAAGAAAAAAGAGUCCAGGAAGUCUGCUAAGAAAGACAAAGACCCAGUUUACAAGUCUGGGGGCAAGGCCAAAAAGAAGACGUGGUCCAAAGGCAAAGUUUGGGGCAAGCUCAACAACCUCGUCCUAUUUGGCAAAGCUACUUACAACAAACUCUGUAAAGAAGUUCCCAAUUAUGAGCGUAAUAUUGCUGCUGUGGUCUCUGAGAGACUGAAGACCCGCGGUUCCCUGGCCAGGGCAGCCCUGCAGGAGCUCUUUAGUAAAGGACUUACCAAACUGAUUUCAAAUGAGCACAGAGCUCACAUGAUUUACACCAGAAAUACCAAGGGUGGAGAUGCCCACCCUGCUGGUGAAGAUGCAUGAACAGGUUCAACUCAACUGACUGUACAUUUGGAAAAAUA